AUGGGAUCCAAUAAGAAGAACAAGAAGAGCAAGAACAAGAAUGAAAAAUCCAAAGGCAGCGAUGAGAACCUCAUCACUGACUCUCGGUUUUCGUCCGUACACUGGGACCCUAGGUUCCAGAACGUUCCGAAGCACAAGGCGAAGGUGGAGAUCGACUCGCGAUUCGAUCGCAUGUUCUCGGACAAGCGAUUCGGCUCUUCCUCGGUCCCGCUAGACAAACGAGGCAAGCCGAAGAAGCUCGACCAAGGGAAUUCGCUGCGCCAUUACUAUAAAAUCGAAGAGGACGAAGAUAAGGUAAAUUCCGAAGUGAAAAAGAAAGAGAAAAAGAUUGAGGAAGAAGAAGAGAGUGAGGAGUUGGAGGAACUCGGUGGAGAGGAAUCGGAGGAUGACGUGGCGAGUGGUGACUCGGAUACGACGACGGACACAGACACGGAUGCUGAAUAUGAAGAAGAAGUGGUUUUCGAGGACGGUGAGCCUGGAAUGGAGGCGGAAGAUGUACCAGAAAUUGAUAAGGAAACUCACAGGCUUGCUAUUGUUAACCUGGAUUGGAGGCAUGUUAAGGCUGUUGACUUGUAUGCGGUGUUGAGGUCUUUUCUCCCGAAAGAUGGAGAAAUGAAGUCUGUGGCUGUCUAUCCAUCUGAGUUUGGACUCCAGCGUAUGAAAGAGGAAGAACUUCAUGGUCCUGUUGGCCUAUUUGAUGAUGAAAAUGAGAAAAGUGAUGAAGAUGAGGAUGAGGAUGAUGAUGAGCUUGAUGCUCAGAAAUUGCGUGCUUAUGAGAAAAGCAAGCUAAGGUACUAUUAUGCUGUAGUGGAAUGUGAUUCAAGUGCCACAGCAGAUUACCUAUACAAAAAUUGUGAUGGAGUUGAGUUUGAACGGUCAUCAAAUAAACUUGAUUUAAGGUUUAUCCCUGAUUCAAUGGAAUUUCAACACCCACCCCGUGACGUUGCAACAGAGGUACCUGCAAACUAUGUGGGUUUGGAUUUCCAGACUCAGGCUCUGCAACAGAGUAAAAUUGAUAUUUCUUGGGAUGAGGAUGACCCAGGACGUAAGACCUUGAAACGGAAAUUCACUGACGAUCAGCUUUCUGAAUUGGAACUGAAGGAGUUUUUGGCAUCUGAUGAGAGUGAAAGUGAUGAGGAUGAGAAUGAUGAUGCUACAGAGGACAAGUCCGAUAAAAAGAGUAAAAAACGAGAUAUGUACCGCACUUUAAUCCUGUCUGGAAAUGGAGAGGGAGAUGCUUCAGAAGGAGAUGGUGAAGGUGAAGACGAUGACAAGGACAUGGAGAUCACAUUUAAUACGGGCUUAGAGGAUAUAAGCAAGCGCAUUCAAGAAAAGAGAGAUAAGGAAUCAGAAACAGUUUGGGAGGCCUAUCUCAGAAAAAGACGUGAGAAAAAGAAGGCUAGGAAAAACAGAUCUAAGGAUUCAUCAGAGGAUGAGAGUAGCGACACUGAUCGAGAGGCAACAGAAGAUGCAGAUGAUUUCUUUAUUGAAGAGCCUUCAGUCAAAAAAAGUAAAAAGGGUUCUCAAGGUAAAGGUAAAAAAGGAGAUAAAGAAAACCAAGAUACGGAUAGGGAAGCAGAAGCAAGCAGAAACGAGCUUGAGUUAUUACUUGCUGAUGACAAGGGAGCAGAUACAGGUCUUAAGGGCUACAAUUUGAAACGUAAAAAGACUAAGGGAAAGAAGGGUAAAGAAGUUCAAGAAGAGGACAAUAUACCAGCUGUUGAUUACGAAGAUCCACGGUUUUCAGCCCUCUUCACGUCUCCCCGUUUUGCUCUGGAUCCAACAGAUCCACAGUUCAAAAGGAGUGCAGCAUAUGCUCGGCAGUUGGCAUUGAGACAGCAGAAGGGUGACCAAGAAGAAGUGGUAGAAAGGGAAGUAAAAUCUGAUGUCUUGUGGUCAAAGAUAGAGAAAUCGUCAUUAAUCAGAUCAAUAAAGAUGAAAGCCAACCCCUUUGAUGGUAAGAUGUCAAAGAAAGAAGAAAAUUUGCCAUCCAAAGGGAGAAAGGAAAAGAAAGAUAAGCAGGAGGCCCCAAGCUUGGUUGAACCAGUUAAGAAAAAGAAAAAGACCAAAGCUUAA